AAAUUAUCUGUGUGGAAGCACAUUUGUUUUAUACUCUUAUAAAACUCAAACAUAGCUUGAACUGUUAGUCUUUUAUUGUGUUUGUUUAAAACCUAUCUGCUCCAUUGAUUCUAUUUUUUUCUAGUUAAUUUUCGUGGUUCAGAAAUAAUAUUUCAGCUCUGAGCAUCUUUGCUCAGUGAACACUCUCCUUCCCACCUCCUUGUUGAUGCUUUCCAAAUCUCCCACAUGUUGUGGGUGCAUCCAAGAGUUAAGAACAGGGUGUCAAGAGUUAAGAAAGGUGACAGUUUUCACUUCCUAACUGGAUGAUCACUGGAAACAAAAACCAAGAAAUGCCUCAUUCCACAAACAAAGAGCUGAUAUUUGGCAUCAUGGUGGGCACUGCUGGAAUCAGCUUGCUGCUCUUGUGGUACCACAAGGUCCGUAAACCAGAGAGAGCAAUGAAGUUACCUAAAUUUCUUUCUCUGGAUAAUACAUUUAAUUCAAUAACUUUGCAAGAUGAAAUACAUAAUGACCAAGGAACAACAGUGAUCUUUCAAGAAAGGCAACUUCAGAUACUGGAGAAGUUAAACGAAUUACUGACAAAUAUGGAAGAACUCAAAGAGGAAAUCAGAUUUCUUAAAGAAACUGUUCCAAAGCUGGAGGAAUAUAUACAAGAUGAACUUGGAGGGAAAAUAACUGUUCAUAAGGUAAGCCCUCAGCACAGAGCAAGAAAAAGAAGACUCCCUACAAUUCAAAGUUCAGCAACAAGUAAUAGUUCAGAGGAAGCAGAAAGUGAAGGAGGGUAUAUUACAGCUAAUACUGACACAGAAGAACAGAGUUUCCCAGUCCCUAAGGCAUUUAACACACGUGUAGAGGAAUUAAAUUUAGAUGUCCUUCUUCAGAAGGUAGAUCAUUUACGUAUGAGCGAGUCUGGCAAGUCGGAGAGUUUUGAACUACUUUGUGACCACAAAGAAAAGUUUAGAGAUGAAAUAGAGUUUAUGUGGCGAUUUGCUCGUGCUUAUGGAGACAUGUAUGAACUAUCUACAAACACACAAGAAAAGAAACAUUAUGCUAAUAUUGGAAGAACUUUAAGUGAAAGGGCUAUUAAUAGAGCACCCAUGAAUGGACAUUGUCAUCUGUGGUAUGCAGUUUUGUGUGGCUAUGUAUCUGAGUUUGAGGGUUUACAAAACAAAAUCAACUAUGGCCACCUCUUCAAGGAACAUCUAGAUAUAGCAAUCAAACUUUUACCAGAGGAACCCUUUCUAUAUUACCUCAAAGGAAGAUACUGUUAUACUGUCUCAAAACUGAGCUGGAUUGAGAAAAAAAUGGCUGCUACUCUGUUUGGAAAGAUACCAUCUUCAACUGUGCAAGAAGCUUUACACAAUUUCCUUAAGGCUGAAGAACUAUGCCCUGGUUAUUCUAAUCCCAAUUACAUGUACUUAGCAAAGUGUUAUGCUGAUCUUGAGGAAAACCAGAAUGCUUUGAAGUUCUGUAAUUUGGCAUUAUUGCUUCCUACUGUUACCAAAGAGGAUAAAGAGGCACAGAAAGAGAUGCAAAAAAUAAUGACUUCCUUGAAGAGGUAAAUAACCGAAUUUACUCUUCAACAAAUCAGACGUGAUCUACCAAAAUUUAAACGAAUCAAAGUUUUAUUAUCCUUUUCUUCAUUUUUGAUGUAAGGGUAUUGUGCUCAGAUUUGAAGGUAAAGCCAUGUUUCUGCAGAAUGCAUUCCACUAGUAGCACUACAAAAUUAAUUAUGUUAUUUGGAGAAUCUAUAUACUAUAAUGUCAAUACAUAAUCUAUAAACAUGUAUGCUUUGUAUUUUUCUUAUCAAUAAACUGCAGCCUUCAGAAUAUUUCUUUAAAUAUUUAAAUCCAACAAAAUGAAUUUUCAUAAGUAUUUUAUUGUUUCAAUGGAGACUUCAUAAAACAAAAUAAUUUCAUUAAUGUGGAUGAAAAAUGGAAAACUGAGCAAAGGACAUGAACAAGUUGUUGGCAGAAGAGAAAAAAGCAAACAGAUGUAGUAUUGUAACUGGUAAUCAAAAGAUGUGAAUAAAAUUACAAUAAAAUACUCUUUUACCAUCAAACUA